CGGUUCUCUAAAGUCCACCAUGGCUUAACUCGAACCGUACGUCGGUAACUACUGCCAUAGGCAGUACACCCCCUCGCUAGCGGCAGCCAUCGCCAUGCUUUUCACCGUUAUCGCCGGCGUUCACUGCUACCGUUUAUGUCAGAGAAAGCUCUGGUUCUGCUUGCCGUUCGUGAUCGGAGGUAUCAUGGAAGUCAUAGGUUACUGUGCCCGCGCGGUAUCAAACUCUCGAACUGCCGACCUUACUCCUUAUCUCAUUCAAGAAAUGCCGAUCUUACUACCGCCCGCCCUCUUUUCCGCAUCAGUAUACGUGGUACUAGGGCGCAUCAUCCGAACCGUGCUCUUUAUCGUCACAGCUAUGACAUUCCAGACCAGAUAUCAAAAGGGCAAAGUAGAUGCUUCGGCGCACGACGCUACGGGCUGGAGGGCCAGCAUGCUCAUGUUGUACAGCACAGUCUACGUCUUCGACUCAGUUUUGAUGCUGGUGGUUAUGGGUUUCUUCAUUGUGCGGUACCCAGAUAACCUCCAGCGUUCUGAGGCCUCCCACUGGAAAAUUGGGACGGCAAUCUUGCGGGGCAAAAUCAAGAUGAGGCCUCGUCCUCCGACGUGA